AUGGGUGAUUUCGGCUGGGGCUCAUACUUCCCUCAGAUUGCUUUGGCCCCCGCAGCGCCCUCGUCAGGCCUCGAUCGCGUCUCUCCGUGUGCCCUGGCGAUCUCGACGACCGCCAACGCAUGUCUCUCGCAGACUCACGUCUGGGGGGCGCCCGUGCCGCUGGGCUCGGCGGUGAUCGGCGCGGCUGUGAGCUUCCUGCUGGGCAUCCUUGCGGUCUUGGCGCUGCAGUCGACGGUGUGUGGCUUCCUCCUGUCGGUCAGGUUCUUGGUGGGCAGUGCUGGCCGAGGUGCUGACCUAAGGGACGUUCUCUUCGUCGACUUCGGCGAGGUGUGGGAACCCUGUCAUAAGCGUGUGAUCCUGGCCUGUGUCUCGGGGGUCACAUACAUCAUAGUCACACCGGAUCGGGACGUAUACGAGGAGAUAUUCGACACGGACAACGUGGCGGACUUCAGGCAGGCGGGGCCACGCGGCGGCCUGCCGCCUGGGCUGGGCGAUGCGCGCGGGCAGCCGGUGUACCGCUUCCGCGACAAGCUGGAAGAGGAAGGGUUGGAUGACCUGCUGGAGGAGGGUGCGGCGCUGGCGGCCAGGGCCCGCGAGGAGCUGGGUUUGCCGAUCAAGGAGCCUGGGCCCGAACCUGGGCAAAGGCUGCCGCUGGGGCCUCCAGAGGAACCGCCGCCCGCUGCUGGCAAGGUGGUCUCGGUGCCCGACGUGCUGGACACUCCCUCGGAGUUCUUCGUCGGUACGGGGCGGCACGGCGUCUACGACGUGGGGCGCAAGGGCCAGAACGCGGAUGCGCGGACGCUGGCGAUCUUGCGCGACUCGGCGGGGAUGAGGUUUCGCACCUUGAGGGGUGUUGCGGAGAGGUCAGAGAAGAGCGAUUUCGACGAUUUGGUCCUAUCGGGGCCGCGGACGACGUUCUAUGUGGUUUCGGAGAUCGCCGAGAUGAGCGGGGGCCCGGUGCAGCGACGCACGACGUGGAAACACGAGAACAAGCUGAACGAUGACGAGCACAGCGUCGUGGCCCAUGAGAUGUUGUCGGAGAUCUUGGAGUUGGCCUGUACCUACGACCUGGUGGACGUGGCCAACCUGGCCAGCCUGGAAGCACUAGCGCGGCACAUGCAGCUCAUAGAGCACAAAGUCAAGAAGAAGAAGAAGAAGAAGAAGAAGAAGAAGAAGAAAAAUAAUGAGGCUGGCAAGGAUUUCGACGCGCAGGACUGCUACCUGGGCAGGGCGCGCCGCACUGGCGGGGCGAUCGCGUGCCCGGAGCUUCUGAAGUGGGUCGCCGAGUCGGCGGCCAGGAAGUCGGCGAUCUUGAAGGAGGAGCGCAAGGCGGCAGAGGAGAGGGCUCUG